AUGUCCAGCACAGUCGCCACGAGUAUGAUACGAAGGCGGAACUCCACCAACUCAGAGGAUUUGCAGAUCUCAAAAAGUGUUUCAGAAGAACUGAAGAAAUAUGAGGAAAAUAACAUAUUGAUGUUAGAAAACUUCAAGCGCGACAUCAAAAAUAAUGCUAGAGGAUUGGAAAUGAAAAUGGAGAGCAUUGAAACAUCUUUAAAGAAUGAUGUGAAAGGGUUAGAGAUGAAAAUGGAUAACAUAGAAGCUCGUUUGAUGGAAGAGGUGAAGGGUCUUAAAGGAGAGAUGACGGGAUUGGAGGGGAGGCUGAAGGGAAGGCUGGAGGGGAUAGCACACAAAGUAGCAGUUUACGCUGCUUUAGUUGGUAUACUGCUAGGUAUGGUCCUUAAUUGUGCAUAUGACUUAACGAAGGCGAAUGAGCAAAGCCGUUUGGAGAAGUCCCAGGUGAAGGGUUUCAAGGGAGACAUGACAGGAUUGGAGGGAAGGCUGGAGAAAAGGCUGGAAGGCAUAGCCCACAAGUUAGCUGUGUAUGCUGCCUUUGCUGGGGCUGUUCUAACUUUGCUGCUGAAAUAUAUCCUUGAAAAUGUAACAGCGUUCACCCAUACCAAACCAAGUCUGCGAAAUGACGGCGAUAAUAGAAAAACGAUGUAG